ACUUAAAAAAUUAUUAAUUUAUUAACAAAUGACGGACACAAAGCAAACGGUUGUUGAGGGUGUCGAGGCACUCACCUUGAAUGGCAAAUCAGACGCAGAGGCUGUUGAAACGGCAACGGAUGCGGGUGGUGCAGAGACAACAACAACAAACGCGGACGAUGUUGUGGAUCCAUGGAAUGUGGCUAGCAGCAACGAUGCAGGCAUCGACUACGACAAGCUAAUAAAGCGCUUUGGCUCAAGUAAAAUCGAUGCAGAACUUAUCGCACGGUUCGAAAAAAUCACAGGAAAGCCAGCUCAUCACUUCAUUAGACGCGGCAUAUUCUUUUCACAUCGCGAUCUGCACACAAUUCUUACGCUACAUGAGCAGGGCAAACCAUUCUAUUUGUAUACGGGUCGUGGACCGAGCUCUGGGUCCUUGCAUAUGGGCCACUUGGUGCCGUUCAUUAUGACCAAAUGGCUGCAGGAAACUUUCGAUGUACCAUUGAUCAUUCAGCUGACUGAUGAUGAGAAGACCCUGUGGAAAGAUCUGAAAAUCGAGGAGGCUAUCAGAUUGGCUCGGGAGAAUGCCAAGGAUAUUGUCGCGAUGGGCUUUGACUUGAACAAAACAUUCAUAUUUAAUAAUUUGGAGUUUAUGGGCAAAUGCCCUGCUUUGUACCAGAACAUAAUUCGCAUCCAAAAGUGCGUCACCUUUAAUCAAGUGAAAGGCAUAUUUGGUUUCGGCGACUCGGAUAUUAUUGGUAAAAUCGGAUUUCCCGCCGCUCAGGCAGCGCCGGCGUUGUCGAGCACAUUUCCCUUUAUCUUUGGCAAUAAGAAGGUGCACUGUCUUAUACCCUGCGCCAUCGAUCAAGAUCCAUAUUUCCGAAUGACACGUGAUGUGGCGCCGCGUCUCGGCUUUCCCAAGUGUGCGCUCAUCCACUCCAGCUUCUUUCCGGCGUUGCAGGGGGCUAAAACGAAAAUGUCGGCAAGCGAGCAAAACUCUGCCGUCUUUCUUACUGACACACCAAAGCAGAUUAAGAACAAAAUCAAUAAAUAUGCAUUUUCGGGUGGGCGCACCACGGUGGAGGAGCAUCGUCAACUAGGCGGCAUACCCGAAAUCGAUGUGGCCUAUCAGCUGCUAAAGUUUUUCCUCGAAGAUGAUGACAAGCUGGAGGAGGUGCGCGUGGCCUACAGCAAGGGUGAAAUGCUAACCGGCGAGAUUAAAAAGCUGGCCAUUGAGACUGUCACGCCCAUUGUGGAGCAGCAUCAGGCAGCACGCAAGCUGGUUACGGACGAGGUGCUGGACAAAUACUUUGAGAUCAGAUCGCUGAAAUUUGGCAGUUAGAAGUAUCAUUAAUAUACACAAAUAAAUGUAUUUAUAUUGAUUUUUGUUUGCCACUGCUGUAAGCUUGUUGCACUCAGAAGCCUCACGUUGCGCUCGCUAUUUAUUUACUAAGCCAAGUAAAAUUUUGUGUUAUUAUUUUUAUAAGCACACAUAAAAACAAAAAGCAAACAACAAACAAUAAACGGCUAGCAUUUUUCAAACGCAACGACCGACCCACUUUAACUAGUUGUAAAAUAGCCGUAAAACUCCGGACUCCAAAUGGGGGAGUUGGCGAUCGGGCCGACACUUCGAAUCUAAAUGGGCUACUGGGAAGCUCAACUUAUAUACUUGCUGAUACCGGGCAAGCAUCUGGUAA